GUAGCUAAGGCGUCUGACCCCUGAGCUGUUAUGCUGUUUCCUUCGCUACAUUAGAAGUUCAAAGCGUGUUCUCAUCACAUCAAUGUGUGAGGCCUCAGACAUCGUUAACAAACACUGUCCUCGUCAAAUUCUGUAUUCAAGUGAUACACGUGUGCGAUUCCGCAGAACGAAUGAAUUUAUCCAGGAUGACUAAUUUGUUUUGCGGUUGCUACUGAGUUUGAAUUUGGAUUUUCUGCUGCGGAAAGAAGACAGUCACAGCAUCACUGCCAGCGGUGAUUAGUGACGCCUUUGAUUGCCAGCUAUCAGAUAAUCUCGAUCUGAGUCUGGAUCUGUUUUUGUACCGUCACAAGCGGCACCCGUGCGGGGAGCCCCUCACACAGGACCUCCCAGUCAUUCCAGGACAAGUGGAGAUCUGUAGAGGUUUCCAUCGGUCGUCUCGCCGAGCAAUCCCUUUAUACGGGGACAUCUUCACGAUUCGUCAGACUUCGAAUAUCUUAAAGACCUCAAAGACCUUUUUACGAAGAAAGUGCUGGCGGGGGUCGUUAGUUGGCAGCGGUACAAGUUUGGAGACUUUCUACUGAACAGACUUGACAACCGAGCUGAAACGCCUAUUCAGGAAGUCCCAGAAGUCAUUACUGUUCAUUGAGCUAUCCCGUCCCAGGACAGCGCUGCCCGUGACUUUGGAUAGAGCCUGACGUCCGCCAUGCCGGAACAGGAAGAGGAGCGUCUUUCAUCGAUCUGAGCCUUCUAGUGAUUUACGGUGGGAACUAGAGAAAGAUGUACACAACGAUGAUGACCUCACUACCUCCUGUAUCCAUGGGUGUCCUUGUGGUCUGCCUGCUACUGGUAUUUCAAACAGCACAGUCCUGUCCUGGCCCGUGCAGAUGUGAGGGGCACAAAGUAUACUGCAAUUCCGUCGGACUCACUACUGUGCGCUCAGGAAUUCCUCACGAUACCAGGAUUCUCGACUUAAGGAAUAACGUAAUUACCAGUCUUGGUGACGAAUCCUUAGAGAACUUAACCUCACUUGUAUCACUAGAUCUCAGUCAAAACAAGUUAACCGAGUUCCCCAGAGAGGCACUGAAAUGGAUGUCCACCCUUUCACGUCUCCACCUUGACGGUAAUGCCAUUGGAACCAUUCCGCCCAAUGCAUUCUCCGCACAGCGCAACCUUCGAGAACUGACGCUGGGUUCAAACCGGCUGACAGAGGUUCCUGUUGACGCACUGACGUCGCUGUCCAAGUUGAGGCGCCUAGCCCUGAACGAAAAUGGCAUUAUGUCCAUCCCAAACAACGCGUUUAGAACACUGUCCUACCUGAGACUCCUUGUCCUGUGGAAUAACUGUCUGGGGGACAUACGACCGCAUGGUUUUCAGGGGCUUUCACGGGUUUCUACUAUUGAUCUGUCUCGCGCAUGUCUGACAAAGGUUCCGUCAGAAGCCUUGAAAUACGUUCCACGUCUGACCAGCCUCCACUUAGCCCACAAUGAGAUCACGUCAUUGUCAGACGACGCUUUCCCCAACGUCCCAAAGCUCAGAGGGCUGACAUUGAACCACAACAGGAUCGGCAGCAUCAGCACGCACGCGUUUCGCGGGCUGGGUCGACUGGAGUUUCUGAAUCUACAAGAGAACAACCUAACCAGAGUGCCCGACGCCUUCAAGCACCUACCCAGCCUAACCACUCUGAUGUUGAACCGGAACGCUAUCCGGACUCUUUAUCCGUGGGACUUCAGGGCCCUGCAGAGGCUCACAAACCUGUAUUUGGCCUUUAACGGUUUUACGACGGUCACGCCUGAAGUGUUUUCGGAGUUAGCGAGCCUGGAGACGCUGGACGUUAGUGGAUUUUUUAACUGCGACUGUCGCCUACGGGGUUUCAAAGAAUGGAUUGAGACCACCAUGGUGAAAGUGGAGCAGGACCUUUCUUGCCUGUCCCCACCACCCCUGCAGGGACGACAACUGCGCUGGAUUUCCAGGAGUUCAUUGUCGUGUGGAGUACCAGACACUGGCCCUCCCCCGAUGCCUCUGCACUGCCCGGUGUACUGUUUAUGCGAAGACCGCCAAGUCUCCUGUAACAACGCGCAGCUUACAGGUGUGCCCAGUGAUAUCCCAGACGGAGCGAUUAGUUUGCAACUGUCCAGAAACCUGAUAACUACAGUCAACAGCGACAUGCUACUCCGACUAACGGACCUGCAGGACCUUGAACUGAACAAUAACCAGCUAGAUGCUGUCCCGGUUAAAUCCUUACACCACCUUAGUCAACUGUUAUCCCUGGGCUUGUCAAGUAACCGAUUGACAGAUGUACCCGAACGUUCGUUUCUGGGAUGUCCCAACUUGUUACGGCUGGACCUGUCGCGCAACAACCUAUCCUCCGUCCCGAGUGAGGCCCUUGUUCCUCUAUGGCAGCUGCACACUUUAGACAUAAGCAACAACAUCAUCGAGACGCUCGGCAGGGAGGCCUUGUCAGGACUUGCUCGCUUGCAAGUUUUGGUACUUAACGGUAACUGCUUCCGAAACUUGGAGGAGGACGUUCUGUUACACGUGCCAAACCUUCGCCGCCUGCACCUGGAACGCACCUGUCUGCGGUCUGUGCCAUCAGCCGGCUUGUCAGGUCUGAACCGUCUCCAGCAGCUAGAUCUGUCCGGUAACCAGCUCACAUCUGUCCCGCCGGGAGCGUUCAAAGGCAUGCCCGAACUCAGAGGCCUCGAUCUAAGCGAGAACGCAAUUUCUUCCAUCGACUCUGCAGCUUUUCAUAACCUCCCCCGCCUGAACACGAUAACAUUGAAUCAGAACAACCUCAGGUUCGUGCCUCGGGAGGCCUUGGCUACCCUGACGACAUUAGCAGCCGUCGAUCUCAGCAGGAAUAAGCUGCGGGAGCUGGACAGCCGGGACUUCUCGGGCAUCAGGGGGGACCUGACCCUCGGGCUCAGCUACAACAGGAUUGAGACAGUGGACGCAGAGGUGUUAUCAAGUAUUGCAUCUUUGAGACAAGUCUACCUCCAGGGAAACCCGUGGGCGUGCAACUGCCAGUUACGUGGACUGAGAGAGUGGAUGGACGACAGCGACACUCUACCUAGUUCAAUAGGAUCUGCUGUUGAGAGAGAUGUGACAUGCGACAGCCCUCCAAACCUAUCAGGACAGGCAGUGAUUGACGUCUCUGCAGACGAUCUGGUGUGCCCGGAAAAUGGAAAGCCACCUCCUUUUGAGACCUACGAUGACAGCAAUGGCAAGGACCAAGAAGGUAACCCGGACGAGUGUCCUAAACAGUGCCACUGCAGACAGUCGGAAAUCAGCUGCAGAAACAAGGCGAUCACGGCGGUUCCUCACAACAUCCCGAAGAGCACAACGUUUCUUGACCUUGGAGAAAACAAAAUCGACAACAUUCAAUUGCUCCAUUUUUUCAAAUUACAAAACCUGAGGACUCUGGUAUUGAGAGAUAACAGACUAUCAGACUUCCCAUUGGAGGCACUGGAGUCUCUGCGAUCUCUACAAAAGCUCAAUAUGGAGAAUAACGACAUUCAUUCCAUUCCGCCGGAUGCCUUCACGUCCCUCCUCCAGCUACGCGAGUUGUCACUGGACGCGCACAACCCUGAGAGUUUCUCCUUAGGACAGCUCGAACCGCUCAAACAACUCCGAAAAUUGGUCAUCAAUGGACAAGGUCUGCCAGAAAUUCCCGCACGAGCUUUCUAUGGACUGUCUCGCCUCCGCACACUGGUGCUGCGGUUAUCUUGCGCCACGGUCAUCGACGGUCGGGCGUUUGACGACCUCGACAACUUGAGGAAACUGGACAUAAGCGGAACUUGCAUUGCCGAUGUCAGCGAGUUUGUAAAGACCCUAGCUCAGGCUACUGCCCUAGAAUCACUCAUCCUAGCUGAGAAUGGAAUUAAACGAAUCCCUAGAGCGCCAUUCCUACCCAUGAUCAACUUGCGUUUCUUGGAUCUGAGCAGAAACGGUGUGGAAAAAAUUGACGCCGAAGCAUUCCGCGGUAUAUCCCGACUGUUGUCCCUCACUAUGGACGACAAUCUUCUAAAAUCUGUUCCGUCGGAAGCUUUUCACCAUCUGCCUAGUCUUAGGGUACUGAGCUUGCGCAACAACUCUAUCAAAGUGGUGAGGAACGAGGAUUUGGUUCCCCUUAUGAAGCUGUCAGAACUUCAUCUUGACUCCAAUCAUAUCAGAUCCCUGGGCAGGAAAGUCUUCAACGAACUGGAGGAUCUAAGUUCUGUCUCCAUAUCCAACAACCCGUUUGAGUGCGACUGUGGACUGAAACACGUGAGAGGAUCGCUAGAGGAAUACACGUUCGGUAUAGGACUAGAGGUGGAAGAUAUGAUCUGUGCUGGUCCAGACUUUCUAAGGGGCAAGAAGAUCAGAACCUUGUUAGAAGAAGACUUUGUUUGUGGAAGUGAUGAACAAAACAAACGAGCACAAAUUCUUCUUGAAGCAGAAAAGACUGGGAACAUUUGUCCAGAUAAAUGUGAAUGUAGGGAGACGGAAGUAAACUGCAGAGCACGCAGUCUCACAGAGUUCCCCGAUAAACUUCCGCGAACCGUAACGGAACUUAUCUUGUCAACCAACCACAUCACAGACAUUCCCCAACACGCUGUCUCUGGACUGGAUAGACUGCAGUACUUACGUCUGAACAACAACCGUCUAACGUCUGCCCCGUCAGAUGCCCUGAAGGGUCUACCUUCCUUGAAGCGUCUUGACCUCUCUGGAAACAACAUCAACGGGUUCGCAGACGACGCCUUUAGAGAUCUCGGUAAUCUGACAUCACUGUUGCUGGCAGAGAACAACCUGACGGAAGUUCCUCAUUCAGCACUCAAGCCGCUCUCUCGUCUCCAGGAGCUAUUUCUGGGUACGAACAACAUCAGGAAGCUCACAAAGUCACCAUUCCCUUACCUGAAAAACCUCCGUUUCCUUUCCCUUUCUGGGAACUGCAUGAAGAUGGUGGAACACGACGCCUUCAACAGACUACACAACCUCCUCUCCUUGGAUCUAUCAAGUACGUCUCUAAAACAUGUGCCGUCCAACGCGCUGUCACACCUAGGGCAGCUUCGAACCCUGGACCUCUCCCAGAAUGACAUCCGGUACGUCCACGGUGGUGCCUUCCGCGGACUGGAGAGGCUGCGGGUGCUGUACAUCGCCAAGAACCGCAUAGGGGCCAUCCACAACAGGGCUUUUGAAGGUCUGGUCCAUCUCACAGCCAUCUCCCUGUUUGACAACAAGUUGAGGAGGAUACCUGGGGCUCUGCAGUCACUUCCACUGUUGUCACAGGUGACUAUCUCAAGAAACAAGCUGCGUCAGAUCCGGGGCAUAGACGUCCCUCGCCUGGCCGGCAUGGCGACCUUGAGCCUGAGGGAAAACCGCAUCGACUCCAUUGAUCCGUCCGUGUUCUCAACGAUUUCUUUCUUGAGCCACAUAGACCUGGACAGUAACCCAUGGCGGUGUGACUGCCACCUGCGUGGCCUGCGGGAGUGGUUAGAGGAUCACGUGGACACCAUCAACCCGCGCCUCCAGCCAACAUGUGCCGGCCCCACCAACCUACAGGACAAGCAGCUGACCGACAUCCUGCCUGAGGAUUUCACAUGCUCCAACCAAGACGGCUUCCUGUACUUUUACCGGUACCUGACGACCAGGGAGACGCAGGACGACCAGCCAGCAGCGCUGAUGAGAGCGGCACCUGACGGUAAAAAGGAGAAGUACACGCGGGAAGAUCUGUAUGCCUUUCACCGGAGGAUGCAGCGCAUCAUGGAGCGACUGGCAAACAUUCGCAAGUACCUCAAGAAAAGGGGUAAGAUGGCAAAAUCAAUAACCACCGGGACAAUACGUUAGUUAAAUUCGUCUGUAUACAAUGUACUAGUACGAUAGUGUUCUUUUGUAUAUGAAGUAGACUUUGUUUGGAAGCUACAUGACUGUAUAAUUGUAGCGUUGAGUCACACAUUCCGUGUACUAAAACAAGAAAACCAUUCAUUGUUUAAUGAUGAAUCAAGAGUUUUCAUUUCCAUCAGUUUUGCAUCUUAAUGCGAUCGUAUAUGAUUCGACUGUAUCUAUUAUCAGGAAAACUUUAUUUAUAUGUUUUGAUAGGAUUGAGUAUACACUGAACUGCAUAUAUUUAAUGGUAGUGGAUGUCUCUUUGUGAGCGUCUUGUAUUUUACGCUCCUUAUUAACCCCAAGGAUAUUGAAAUGCUUAUAUAUCAGACAUGGUGGAAGGAUAGAUUUUUGUUGUUAACUCUUAGUCAAGUAGUAUCAUGAAAAUAAACACGACGACGCUUUGA